AUGGCCUCUGUUUGCAUAUCUGAUAGUGUCAGCAAAACACGUCUUCCUCUUAGACCAACCUAUGUAAACCUCUACAGAUGGCCAGAAUCUGAUGUAGAGUUUGUGAAGGGUGUGAAUUCUAACAACCGUGUAGGUUCUAAUGUGCCACCAAGAGGAGUUGAUAGCUUCUGGUGUAGGCAAAUGUAUUUGAGGAGCUACAAAUUCUCAAAGAAGAAUGUUGGUGUCACUGAGAAGACCAUCAAGUGUUUGAAUAAACUAAAGGAAAAGGUUGCUUUUGUGAGUAACAAGUUAAAUUUGAAGGGUAAGUGUAAGGUUCUAGGGAGAGCCAAAGAUGUAACUCAUGCUGCGUUCUCAAUCUUCCAAACCUUCCUACCCUGCUCUGCUAAGGUUGAUGUUCUUCAUGAUUUCUAA